UAUUACAUUAUCCCUGUUGUUUGAAACGUGUGAAAGUUAAAAAGAGAUUAGAAAAAUAGUUUUGUUGGUGUAACGCAAAUAAGCACCCCACGGCAGAGGGAACGAUUGGAGUGCACGAAAGCGAUGCCAAGCAUUGCAAUUGCAAUUGGAAUUGGAAUUGGAAUUGGAAUCGGAAUCGUUUCGUUAGCCACUGCUUGAUUCCAUUUCCAUCGCAUGGACACAACCACCCUAUCUCUCUCCACUGAUCCACGUUAAUGGAUCCCCAAGCCUCCGUGGAUCCCCUUCGCGUCAAGAGGAAGACGCUUGAGGCCGUGCUUCUGCACUGUCAGAGAGCUCUCCAAUUCAUCGACGCUACUUCUUCUCAACUCCCCCAAGAGGAUUGCGACGCUGACACUGACGCUGAACCCACUGCAUCAGCUGAUUCUGACGCCGACCAGUUAUGUGAUCUGCUCAAAUCUAGAGUUGAAUGUCCUGCCUUUCUUCAAAAGUUGGAGUGUGCUCAGGUGUCAGUUUUGCAGAAUAUAGACGAAUGUAAUUCUUGGGAUGUGGUCAGUGAAAAUGAUCUCUGGGAAGGUGAAUGUGAUGACUCAGACCAAGAAGAUUAUGUCCUUGUUAGACAAGAAGAUAUAGUGGAGGGCAUUGCGUGUUUUAUGGCCGCAUAUUUGCUAUCCCUCAAGCAGACAAAGGAUUUGACCCCUAUCCAACUCCAGGAAGCGCUUAGCAAGACAUUUUCAGUGAAAAAGAAAAAGGGAAAGCUACGAAAGGCUUGGGAUGGGAGCAAAGUUAUUUAUAAUGUUGCAUCAUGGGGGGCUACAGCCAUAGGGAUAUAUCAAAACCCUGUUAUUCUUAGGGCUGCAACUAAAGCAUUCUGGACUUCUUGUCACGUUAUAUCAAAGCUUCUCUGAUUUGGCAAUGCAGCUUGUAGCAAAGUUGUGAUGUAGUAAUUUAACUUCUGUACCCUUGCUUGUGCUGCAAUUUAGCUUGGCGUCCCAUGCCCUGUUCGUCUUUAAUUUAAAAUUCAUUUUCUUUGCACCACAGAUCAAUUGAUUUCAACAUAGUUUGAUGUUGUAAAUAUCACUGCGCAAAUGUUUCCGAGUGCAAUUCAAAAUUCGAGCUUUGAACAUAA